AUGAACAUGCUCCUCAACUACUCCACAAAGGACCUGUGCAUCUUCAGCCACCACUUCCACAUCCCCGGCGACAGCUGGGCCCUCUGGGCCGCCGGCCUGCUCUUCGUCUUCCUCUUCUGCGCCGGUUACGAAGGCUUCAAGAACUGGGCUAGGGCCUAUGAUCGCCGCGUCGCAGCCGAGUACCUCCGGAUCCUCGCUGCCGAGGAGGAUGAGGAGGAAAGUACGACAGCCACGCCAUCCACAUCAUCGUCGUCCUCUUCUUCUGGGCUGGAGAUGAAGAAGAAGAAGACCUCCUACUCCUCUGCCCCGACCCAGCGGCGCACAGUCACCACCAACGCCACGUCUGCUCCGUCAUCACCACCACCAUCACCACAGACGACGAGAGCCGCGGCGGCAUCCUUCGCCCGCGCCAGAAAGCCCACCCGCGCCCUGCUCUACGCGGCGCAGUACCUGUACGGCAUGCUCGCCAUGCUGCUCUUCAUGACGUACAACGUCCAGGUCAUGCUCGCGUGCAGCGCCGGCGUCGGGGCCGGGUUCCUCAGGUGGGCCGCGGAUCUGCCUCCCCUUGGUGGUGCUGCCACUGCUCGCCGCCGGGAUGUCAGUGAUGUUGGGGAGCAGGAGGAGGAGGAGCAGCAGAGUGCAGCGUGUCAUUGA